GGCUUCACAGAACACAACAGAACACUGUCAAGGUCAACAUUUUACCGUCGUCGGCUUCUUUUUAGACCUCUCUGUGUGCCUGUGCUUGUAAUACUUUUCGAAUAAAGCAACAAGAGCGGAAGAAACACAGUUAAAUCCAGCAUUUUCCGCUAGCUAAGGCUCUCUUUUUCUUUGUUUACUUUCAUCCUGGCGGUACACUCUGUGAAGGCUUAAUUACACAACAUUGCAUUUCAUAUACACAGCGGCUUCUUGUUCUAUACUUCCACAUAUACAUAUCUGACACACAUAAACACACUCUCAAAUGGUGAAGAGAACAAGAGAGGACUCUAUCGAUGCUGAAAGAGAUUCCAAGAAGACCGCACUGUCCAAGACAGAUCUCAUCGAGACCAUUGCGUCCAACUUGGAGGAGGGCUCGAGCAUGAGCGAGGAGUACUCAUCGGAUGAUGAUGAAGAUGAUCAGCAAGGAGGUAAAGAAGUACACAAUGCUAACCAGGCCGGGUCAAAGAAUACUAAGUCACUAUCAGCUCAAGAGGUUCAGAUUGCAAGAGAAACCGCGGAGCUGUUCAAGUCCAACAUCUUCAAAUUACAAAUCGAUGAGCUGAUCAAAGAGGUGAGGCUUAAAGACAACAAAGUGGCCAAAAUUGAGAAGUUCUUGCACAAACUCUACGAUCUGAUUCAGGAAGUUCCAGAGUUCAAGGAAAAGUCUAUUGAUCAAGUUGAAUCUUGGUUUAGAGAUAGAAAAACCACUGUCCCAUUCAACGAUCCCAAGCCAACAAAUGUCAAUUACAAGUUUGGGUAUGGUAAACCAGAGAAUGUCUCUAUAGUGGGAUCAUUUGGUUUGAAAACAGCAAUCCAAUCCCCACGUGGGUUAUCUGUUGAUGUCAACGUUACAAUGCCAGCAGACUUGUUCCAACAGAAGGAUUAUCUGAACUAUAGAGCUCUUCAUAAACGUGCAUUCUACUUGGGUUAUCUCACUGAGAAUCUGAGAAAAAUCUUUAAGAGAGAAAACUUGAAUUUCAUCAAACUGUCAUAUCAUUAUCUACACGGUGACUCAUUAACACCAGUGCUCAAGAUACGAGCCACUGAUGAUGAUCUUAAUUCUGAGUUGAACUUCAACAAGACCAAGUUCGCAAUCAAUAUACUGGUUGGGUUCCCAUUCGGAAUCUUUGAUUCAAAGAAACUUCUACCCAACAAGAACUGUAUCAGAGUUCAAAAGGAUGAAGAAAUUGAACUACCAGCAACCCCGUUGUACAACUCGUCAAUUUUGUCAAUGACAACAUAUGAUCACUACUUGAAGUUUUUGUACAAGACAAAGAAGAAUGCGGAACAGUUCAAAGAAGCCUGUAUCUUGGGGAGAAUUUGGCUUCUUCAAAGAGGAUUGGGAACAUCCAUUGAAGACGGUGGAUUUGGCCACUUUGAAUUUGCAGCUUUAACUGCAGCUUUGCUUAACGGUGGUGGUGAACAGGGUAAUAAGAUCCUUCUAAAUGGAUUCUCAAGCUACCAACUGUUUAAAGGUGUCAUCAAAUAUCUUGCAACAGAAAAUCUGAGCACUGAUGGUUACCUGCAAUUCCAUUCAGACUCAGCAGAUGUUAGCAAGUAUAUUAAAGGAGGGUUUAACACACCAACCUUGUUUGACAAAACUACAAAAAUCAAUUUGUUACAUAGAGUGACCAGAAGCUCCUACGAUCUUCUCGUCAACCAUGCAAAGAAGACGUUGGUUCUUUUGAACGAUGUUGUCAAGGAUAGAUUUGAACCAUUGUUUUUAAAGAACUCUAACCAAGAGUACUUGAAAUUCGAUUACACUGUUGAACUUAAUGUUAGCCCAGCCGAAGAUGAUUCGUUUGGCCCAUUUGAGAAGAUCACUAACUUGACGUAUGAGAAUUAUAUCUCUUUGAAGAUUGCCAAUGUGUUACGCUAUGGAGUUGGAGAGAGACUUGUUGGCUUCAAGAUUUCAUGCGAUAGAGUAAACGAAUUUGAAAUUUCUAAAAGAAAACCGCAUUAUUCACAAGAUCUUCAUAUCAGGAUUGGAUUGGUCAUUGACCCACAAGAAGCUGAGAAACUGGUCAUCAAGGGACCUUCCGAGACUGAAGACAGUGUACAGUUCAGAUCAUUCUGGGGGCCAAAAUCAUCUCUUCGAAGAUUUAAAGAUGGAACUAUUGUGCACUCUGUGAUUUGGUCUACUGAUUUCAAAAGCCCUGUUGUGUUAACCAUUUUGAAGUAUCUACUACAGAGACAUGUCAAAGAAAACAUUGUUUUGGAGAGUGAAAUUGUUAGAUUUAACGGAUUGUUACCAAUGCCAAAUUUGCCAUCUUCAACCAAACAAUCCACACUUUCAACAGUUGCUUUUAACGGAUUGCGUAACAGCUAUGAUGAGCUUUACAGAAUCCUGAUCAAAUUGGAACUCCCAUUAGCUAUCAAAUCCGUCUUGCCCGCAUCACCGGGGUUGAGAAUGACCUCACAACUACAACCGGUGCCAUUUGCUGUUUCUUCAAAGGACUUUUAUAACGACUUGGUUGUUCAGUUUGAAACCUCUGUGAAAUGGCCUGAUGAACUUUCUGCUUUAGAAAAGGUAAAGACAGCAUUCUUACUAAAAAUUCAAGAGAUUCUAUCGAAGGAGACAGCAUACGAGUCACAUUUGGAAAAAGAUGAUGAAACUGUUCCAUACAACUUUGAUAUCACUACACUUAAUAUUUUAACCCCUGAAGGGUAUGGGUUCAGAAUUAGGAUUUUGACCGAGAGAGAUGAAGUACUAUACCUCCGUGCCAUUGAAAACUCAUCUAAAGAAAAGAGACAAGCAUUGGAGUCUAUCUAUUUGAAGUUCAACAGACGUUAUCAAGGUUCUGUCACUCAUACGAGAAUCAUCUCUUCUAUCGCCCACCGUUUCCAGUACUAUUCUCCAACUGUUCGUCUCUUCAAGAAAUGGCUUGAUGAUCAACUCUUGUUGAGUCAUUUCAGUGAGGAGUUGAUCGAAUUGAUUGCAUUGCAACCGUUUGUUGAUCCAUCACAGUAUAAUGUUCCAGCAAGUGUUUCUAAUGGAUUCUUGAGAAUCUUGUUUUUCAUUGCGCAUUGGAAUUGGAAGGAAGAGCCACUUAUCAUGGAUAUGAGCAAAACUCCUGAUGGUGAGGAUGACUCUGAGAUUGUCUCCAAGUUAUCUGACAAAUUAUCCGUGCAAGCUUACCAAUCGAUGAAGUCCAAUUUCGAUGUGCUACGGAAGCAAGACCCUCAAGGUAUGAAGAUACAAUUCUUCGUUGCAACCAAGUCUGAUGAGUCCGGAAUCCUGUGGUCCCAUGGUAUUCCGCUACCGAUUGCUGCAAGAUUGACUGCUCUGUCAAAGGUUGCCGUCCAACUCAUCAACAAGAGCGGAUUAGGUGAGAAGUCAACUCGCCUGCUGUUCACUCCAUCGUUGGGUGACUACGACUUUGUAUUGAAGUUGAAGACUAUUCCACUGGCAAUAAGUUCUGGUGUCCUACCGAGCUCAUCCUCUUUCAAGAACCUGAUCGUGGAUGCCCAGUCUUACCCUAAGGACAUUGCAACCAAAUUUGAUCCUAUCGCAAUGCUGGUGAAGAACUUGUCAUCCAAGCUACAAGGCGUGGUGAUCUUCUCAACUCAUACGCAGACUAUUUCAGAGUCUGGUGAGAAUAUCAUCACUGGGUUGUUUGUUCCAUCAAAAAUGACCCAGACCAAGUUCAAGGCUCAGAUUGGUUACAACGUUAAACCAGUUCAAAAGGACGACGUCGUCAUCAACAAGGAUGCUAUUUUCGCAGAGAUCCUACAAUACGCCGGUGAUCUCGUCGUUGGCUUUGAGUCUAAGUGAAUAGGAAAACAUAGAUAAUUCAUCAAAGGUAGAACAUAUCUUUAAACAGCUAAUUGUUUGGCCAUC